UAAAUGUAUUUUUAGACGAGUCACACUGUUGACUAAGAAGACACAGAUCACAUGACCAGGGAUCCUACAAUCUGUGCUAGUGUUGUGUUGUUGUUUUUUUUUACCUUGUUCACGAAAUAUUACAAUGAGGAUUAUAUUUAUUGUGUUCGUUACAGUGUUGACUUAUGACUUGGCUAUGACUGAGACUUGUCAAAAAGUGGACUCCUGUCGGUGCACCUACACUUACUCUCAUAUUGACCUAACUCCACUUGUUUCCGCAUCAGUAGCUCCCAGAUUUAAAGACAUGUUUGAUCAGUACUAUAACAACCGUUUCUCUUAUAAUCCAUGUGACGGCUUUAACGAAGGUACCUGCACCGAUGUAGCGGUGUGCAAGCAAAAUCUCCAGGGUCAGACAUUCAACGUGGGAAAUCAGGACACCGCUGCAUUCAUUGAUUCUGAUUACGAUAACCUGAUGAUAGAAUACACAGCUCAAAAUGGACAAACUUCACGUGUACAGCUUAUCUGUUCCUACGGUUCAACCACUUUAGAUGUCCUUGGAGAAAAUCCUAGCGGUGUAUACAACUUCAAGCUACGCAGUCCAUACUGCUGUCCCGUUGAAGGCUCUCUGUUCCCAAGUCAGGACAUUGUCACUCCUGGGUUAAUGCUGCUGAUAGGGCUGUCUACAUUUUCGUUGUUCGCCUUUCUCCUGGGUCUGAUCUGCUACACUUGUGCUCCGAAGUCUCCAAGUCAGGAAAGUACUCCCAGAAACAGCUCGAACAAUGGUUAUUUACGGAUGACUAGAGCAGGAACACCUCCACCGUACAGUGCGGCCUGAAAGCUUCAAGUCAGAAGAAGAUGGCUCUACGAGCUACUGAACUAGAGACUGGAGACUUGCUGGUUAACUUAGUGCUUGCAGUGACAGACAGACAGACAGACAGAGAGACACGGAUAAAAAAAGGGAAAGAAAGGCGGAGAGAUAGACUCAGAGAAAUAGAAAGAAAGAAUUAGACACUGAUUGAAAGAGAGAGAGAGAAAGAGAGUGAAAGAGAGAAUGCUAUUAUGACAACCAUGUAAGUAAACAUAUUUGAUAAGAAAGCAGAGAGUGUUGACUCGAGACCAAUCGUCUUAGUAGUCCUGCGGGCAGUUUAGACCAAUAGCUCGCUGCCACCAGCUCAGCACCUGCCCACAGGUUGUGACGAUACAGGCCAGUGUUGUGGCUUACUAUGACGAUUAGUCUCGGGUGACUGCGAUACAUUUGGAUGGGAUUGAAUACAAAGAAAUGGUCUAAGAGAGAAAGAAAAAAAUAUAUGCAGAGAAAGAAGGAAAGGGGGGAGGGGGCGACUACACAGGUAUUUCAUUUGACACUUUUGCAUUUGGUUCAAAACGUAACUGGGUUUUUUUUUUUUGUUUUUUGUUUUUUUUCAUGUCUAAACCAAUCAUUUCAGUUAUUGCAACUUUUAUCCAACUAAGAUAGAUAAUACUCCAACAGAGCUAACAAAUCAACUUUUUACAAAAUGAGAUAGUUUACAGUGAAAUUGUAUAUUAAUUUAUAAAUACACAACGUCAGAAUUGUUCAUUGCAGAUGUACACUUACAAAAUUCAACAUAUGCAAAUUAAUAAAACUAAAAGAAAGAAUGUAACAAGUGUUUAUAUAAUAGCAUAAAAUCGAUAAAUUAUAUGUUACCCAAUCUAUAAUGGCAAAUCAUUUCAAAAAUUGACCUGCGAAUUAUAUAAUAAUAUACUCUAAACAUAACGGCAACAUUUAGCAAUCCUGUAAUUAGUAUAACUAAAAUGAGUGCAUAUGUAUAUUGAAGAUGCUGCUUUUGUUCUAAACAUGUACAUAUAUUAUACAUUACACAAUAAAUGGUUUAGCUAUCAUAGUAAAUAUAUUGUUUUACCAAAACAUUAAAUUUGAUAUUUAGAGUAUGUAAAAUCUUUACUGAAAAUAGCAAUAUAAAGAGGAAUCAUUAAAUUAAUAUUAUAUGAAAAUAAA